AUGAGUGCUACAAGAGAUAUCCUUAAUUCCCCCGACUCUCUGUCCAACAUCAAUCCGAUAAUUUUCAGAGGCAGAAACCACAUUGCUUGUAUCCGGUGUAAAAACCAGAAGACCAAAUGUUCCGGGGUGAAACCGACCUGCGAUAAUUGCAAGCUCACAGGCAACGAGUGCGUUUAUCCGUUCAAAGACCGCAAGAUCAUCAUUCUGGAGUCGCAAUUGAACUCGCUCCAGGCGCGCAUUCGCCAGCUAGAAGACCAUAUCAGCGGCAUCCACCCGGACUCGGAGUCCAGUUACCAACAGGCCAGCAAUCAGGCGUUUCUGCCGCUGCAGUUCCAUACCAACAACGAACGACUCGACAACGUGAUCAACGUGUCUUUUGGGGAUUCCGAACACCCAGGACGCAAUGUGCCCAGCGCUGCUGUGUCCGACGCAAUCAAUUAUUACGUCUCGGACCUUUAUUUCGCCGACACCGACCAUUGCAUAGUUUCGCUCCCCGUGAAGGAAUACGCCAAAGUGCUGGUGGAUCUGUGUCUGGACCACUUCCACUACUCGCAGUACCUGUUCGAAGAAAUGGACUUUGUCGCCGACUUCAACAAAGUGUACGAAACCGGGCUGUGCCACUCUCCCCAGAUGUUGUCGCAGAUACUCGUCACGCUGGCUCUGGGAGAACAGAUCCUGUACUCGAACAAGUCUCACCAGAUGUCGCUGGACGCGCUCAACGCCAAGCUGUCGUCGAAACGCAACUUUGUCAACAAAACGCCCGGGUUCAAGUACUUUCUGAGCGCAGUGAAGCUGUUUCCGACCAACGUGGAGAAACCAACGCUCGCCACGAUCCAGACUGCCCUGCUGAUCGGCUACUACAACCAGUCGCUCAACCGCAUCACCACGUCGUACAUGUGGUUCGGCCUGGCCACCCGCUGGGCGCUGUCGCUGAACCUCCAUCUGAAAGACCCCAACCUGGCUGGGCCGGAGCUCGCGCGGCGCAAACGCGUUUGGUGGACUGUGUUCACGCUGGACUCGUUCGCCACGUCCCGCAUCCGCCUGCCCCAGAGCGUCAAGUACAACGAGACCCAGAUCGACCUGAUCUCCGACCAGGACUGCCGCGACUGGCCGGGCGGCCGCAUCCUCGCUUUCCAGGUCUCGCUGCUCAAGUUUACAGACCGUAUCCUCCACUCGGUUUACAACAUGGCCCCCCGCAGCUUAUACACUGAAGAAAAGACUCGGAUCGGCGACAAUCUCGCCGCAAACACCAUCCAGAUGGUCAAAAUCCUCGAGGACAACUUCAAUUCGAACCUGCAACCGGAGUUUAAGCAAUUAUUUGAGGAAAUCAACACCAACAAGCUGUGCACGUUCCACCGGUCGUUGAUCCACGUGUAUCUCAAAUCAAACCAGUACCUGAUCACAACGUGCCGGCCGCUGGCCCUGGCGGUGUUCAAGAAGUUCAUUCCACUCGACCCGCAGAUCGCCCAGAUUCUGAAAAAGUGCAUCGCCGCAGCUACAGACUCCAUCAAGAUGCUCUACCACGUGAAAACGGUCGGCCUACUGGUCACGUUCGAUUACUGGCAAACACACUUCCUGUUCAACUCACUGUUGAUCCUGCUCAUCACGUCCAGCAUCGAAGACACCCGCGACUCGCUGCGAAUUGGCGUUGAUUUGCUCAAGUUCAUGGCCCUGGCCGGAAACCACGUCUCCAAAGACUCGCUCAACAAGCUGAUCCAGCUCGUCAAGAUCUUCAACGACCUGGGCUUCAACCUCGAUCUCGACCUCUCGUUACCCGAGCUCAACCGGGUCGUGCUGUCCGAUAUCGUCGGCUUGGACGAGCAAUCGGUCGACAUCCAUCUGAUCAACCUCAACUCCAACCUCACCGAUCAAAACACCGAGAGCCAGAUCGAACAGACAAACUUCCAGCUGCAGCAGCAGCAAAAACAGUUGCUCCAGCAAACAGAGCAACAACUGCCGCUGAUGUUUGCGGGCCCAGACGACCAGAUGGUCAACAGAGCCGUUUCUGCAGAGGAACUCAACGGUUUAAAUCUGAAUUUCUUCGACAGCCUGCUUAACAACAUGCAAGGCUGGAGCUACAUCCCCGAGACCGACCCUGCGCCAGCGCCUGCUCCGCCUCCGCCGCCAGCAAUUCGCCCGGACCCGUCGCGUGAAACAACACUCCCUACACCACUGUUCUCGCCCCCAACCCAGACCAGGGCAAGCUAG